AUGAUGUUUGUAUGCGGCAAAGGCAAAGAUGACUAUCUCAGUGGUGAUGCUCGAGCGCCAAUGAUCACAGAUCCAUCAUACAAGACUUGGAAAUCCGAGAAUAAUAUGGUUAUGGCCUGGCUUAUUAACUCAAUGACACUUAAUAUUGGCGAAAAUUUUCUUCUCUAUGGCACGGCUAAGGAAAUCUGGGAUGCUGCCCGUGAGACCUAUUCUAGUGCGGACAAUACAAGCAAACUAUUUGUUGUUGAAACCAUUAUUCAUGACUUUCGUCAAGACUCUGUUAUAUUUCGCCAGAUCAUUGAACAGAAACGCACCUUCAAAUUUCUUCUCGGCCUUAAAUCUGAGUUUGACCAGACUCGCUCACGGAUUUUAAAUUCAAAACCUCUUCCAACAAUUCGUGAAGCUUUCUCCGACAUACGCCGCGAAGAGAGUCGCCAAAAGGUCAUGUUAGGUACUUCCUUGUCCACUGCAGGCCUCGACGGGUCUGCACUUACUACUCAUAUUCCAUCCACGGACAACCGUCAACGCCAGGGUCGCCCUUGGUGUGAUCACUGCCGUCGUUCUGGUCAUACUCGGGAUACAUGUUGGCGGAUUCAUGGCAAACCCACCAAUUGGAAACCCAAACGGGAUCAUCGAGCAGCUGCCCCCAGCACCACCGAAGUCUCUCCAGGAACAAGCCCAUUCAGCGAAGAACAAAUCCAUGCCCUCCAGAAGAUGCUUGGGGCUCACAAAAAGCUAAUUUUUUCACCGCCCGUGGCAGUAUUUCCUCAUCCUCUUGCAAGUGAUCUUACCUUCCCAAGAUACUGGAACUACCUCAGGAAGCAAACUUUUGUUUUAGAAUCAUUUAUUGAUGAUGUUAACUGGAUGAUGAAUCGUGCUCUGUUUUCUUCACAUAUCUAUUUAUCAUGGUCGUUUGUUGUGCCAUAUUUUAUGGCAGUGAUGCACAUUGGAGCAGCAUUAAGAGCACCAUACAGCAAAUAUCCUAUCAGAGAAGUUGCCCCAUCGUAUGGUUUGUCACUAGCGGGCUGCCUGGCUGUAUGUACUCUUGUGGAACUUCUUGCUAUGUGGAACUUGACUAAGGUGGAGGUCCAAUUGUGCAACAUGUUAUCUCCAGAGGGACCGAGAGUCUCUCUGCGGUCAUACAACUGGGGACUUAUAUUUCUUGCCAUGCUGGUGGACAAUUUCUUAUAUCCUAUCUCUUCAAUACGAUCACAUUUUUCUCAAACAAUCAACUGGUCUGGAAUUCGAUACCAUUUGAAAAAAGGGAAAGUAAGCAAGAUUGAAAGGCUGAAUGAGAAAGGUUCAAAGAUUUCCGACCUUGGAGGAAAAUACUUGUAUGGAGGAUGGCCAGGCCAGUUAAAUGGCUCAUUUCUUUGGUCUCUCUCAAAAGGUUUUCAACAGUGGAACCAUUCUAAAAAGGGCACUUAAUCUUCUUUAGCUUGCAGCAGUGCCCCCAAUUCUUUCUUCGGCCCUCUAAAGAGCCAGGGCUUCUGAUUCCUCGAGAAGAUUCAUUCUGCUUAGAUGGCAUUUUAAUUUUCUUAAGUUUUUGUUUUUCUAGGAAUUUUUUCUUUUAAUCAUUUGAUUCUUCAGCGUUCACAGCUUCGCUGUGUUGCAUUUGUAUCAUUAGUUAUUCCACGUGCUCUUUAUUUUUUGCUUUCCUGAUAUAUUUAUCACUUUCGUAGUUGAUCAUAUUGAUUUGAUUGAUAGGGAUGCAUGCAAGCAAUAAGAUGCU